AUGCAUCAUGACAAUGAAGUCUCUCAGCAGGGUGAAAGCCAGAGACGCUUGUAUAGAGAACUGCUGAAGAACUACAAUCGUCUGGAACGACCGGUAGUGAAUGACUCCCAACCACUUGUAGUCGAGCUCCAGCUUUCCUUGCUGCAGAUAAUUGACGUGGAUGAGAAGAAUCAGGUGUUGAUCACUAAUGCUUGGCUGCAGAUGAACUGGAUUGAUGUUUACUUGUCUUGGGAUCAGURUGAAUACCCAGGCGUGCAGAACUUGCGAUUUCCUGCUGACCAGAUUUGGGURCCAGACAUUCUUCUGUAUAACAGUGCAGAUGAAAGGUUUGAUGCAACGUUUCACACAAAUGUGCUGGUGAACUACUCUGGAUCCUGCCAAUAUAUUCCUCCAGGCAUUUUGAAGAGCACGUGCUACAUUGAUGUCCGCUGGUUCCCCUUCGAUGUGCAGAAGUGUGAUUUGAAGUUUGGCUCCUGGACUCACAGUGGCUGGUUGAUUGACCUGCAGAUGCUCGAGGCUGAUAUUUCCAACUACAUCUCAAAUGGAGAAUGGGAUUUAGUGGGUGUCCCAGGGAAGAGGAAUGAGUUGUACUACGAAUGCUGCAAAGAGCCAUACCCAGAUGUGACAUACACCAUCACCAUGCGUCGACGCACCCUCUACUAUGGCUUGAACUUACUCAUUCCCUGCGUUCUCAUAUCUGGCUUAGCCCUGCUUGUAUUCCUUUUGCCAGCUGAUUCAGGAGAGAAGAUUUCUUUAGGUAUCACUGUCCUUCUUUCCCUGACGGUAUUCAUGCUGCUUGUGGCUGAGAUCAUGCCUGCAACAUCUGACUCUGUCCCACUAAUAGCUCAGUAUUUUGCUAGCAUCAUGGUCAUCGUUGGUCUGUCUGUGGUGGUAACAGUGCUGGUUCUGCAGUUUCACCAUCAUGACCCCCAAGCGGGAAAGAUGCCCAAAUGGGUCCGUGUCAUCCUGCUGAAUUGGUGUGCUUGGUUUUUACGAAUGAAAAAACCUGGGGAAAAUAUAAAGCCCCUGUCUUGCAAAUACAGCUACUCCAAGCACCACCUGAGCGUGAACAGCAUGGAGGUGAACGUCCUUCCUGGGCACCAGUCCAGCAAUGGCAACACCAUCUACAGCUACCACACUAUGGAGAGCCCCUGCUGCCCCCAGAACAACGACCUGGGCGGCAAGGGCGGAAAGAUGACUUGCCCCUUAGCUGAAGAUAUUGAGCUUGUGCAGAAGAAAGCUUUAAUGGAUACUCUCCCCGUGAUGGUGAAGAUCCUGGAGGAGGUCCAGUUCAUUGCAACACGGUUCAGGAAACAAGAUGAGGGUGAAGAGAUCUGCAGUGAGUGGAAGUUUGCAGCUGCUGUCAUAGACAGAUUGUGUCUGGUUGCAUUUACCCUUUUUGCCAUCAUUUGCACAUUUACAAUACUCAUGUCUGCUCCAAAUUUUAUAGAAGCUGUUUCGAAGGAUUUUGCGUAAGGUUUUCAAAGGUGAUACGAGCAUGAUAACCCAAAAGUGAAUAUUGCCAGUAAUUUUACCAGAUAAUUUAACUCAAAUAGAGAAGUGUACUUAUAUAUGCUAACAUACACAGAAGGGGAUUAAAAUAAUUUCAGGACCUAAUUAUUCCUGAUGUUAGUGAUUGUAGUUACUGCAUAGUAAACACAUUGAACUCUGUUACUUCUUUCAUAGACUAGUGCCACAUGUAAUUAUGUCAUGAUCUGUGAUAAGUGAUAGACAAGAA